CUCAACACAGGACACAGAGCAUUCUGGGCAGAGGUGAAAGACCAGUCAGAAAGGCACUUCCAAAGCAAGCUUCCCGAGGAAAAUGGGCACCAAGGGAAAUGGCUGGGAUUAAAGACAUGCAGCACUGGGAUUAAAGGUGAUCAAAUGCAAAGCUGCCGUGCUCUGGACACCUGGGGCCCCGAUGGACAUUGAGGAGAUAGAAGUGGCCCCGCCAAGGGCAAAGGAAGUUCGAAUAAAGAUGGUGGCCACAGGAAUCUGUGGUACGGAUAUAAAAAGUCUGGAUGAUAAAGAACUUUCCCAGUUUUGCCCCAUCAUUAUGGGCCACGAAGGAACUGGAAUAGUCGAGAGUGUGGGAGAAGGAGUAAGCACAGUGAAAACAGGUGACAAAGUCAUCAUCUUAUGUUUGCCACAAUGUGGAGAAUGUAACACUUGCCUCACUUCCAAGAACAACAUGUGUAAGGAAAUUAGACUGUCAGGGACACAUCUGACGUCUGAAAGCAGCAGCAGAAUCACCUGCAGAGGGAAGACAGUGCAUCAAUAUAUCGCUACAGGCACCUUUUCUGAAUACAUCGUCAUAAAGGAAAUCUCAGUCGCCAAGAUUGAUGAAGAUGCUCGUCUGGAGAAAGCAUGCAUAAUUGGCUGCGGGUUUGCCACUGGUUUUGGUGCUGCAAUCAAUUCUGCCAAGGUGACCUCUGGCUCCACCUGUGCUGUGUUUGGCCUUGGAGGUGUCGGUCUGUCUGUCAUCAUUGGCUGUAAAACAGCUGGAGCAGCCAGGAUCAUCGCUGUGGACACCAACAAAGACAAGUUUGCGAAGGCCAAGACAGUGGGUGCCACUGAGUGCAUCAGCCCGCGAGACUUUGACAAGCCCAUUCAGGAGGUCUUGUUUGAUAUGACGAAUGGUGGAACCGACUUCUCCUUUGAGGUCACUGGGAACCCAGAAAUAGUGGCAACUGCCCUGGCCUCCUGCAACCAGGACCAUGGGGUCUGCAUAAUCGUUGGAGCAAUUGCCUCUUGGGUUCAACUCAACAUCAACAGCCAGUUGUUCUUCUCGGGACGUAGUCUGAAAGGGUCAGUUUUGGGAGGUUGGAAAACCAAGGACGAAAUCCCUAAGCUGGUUUCUGACUACACAGCAAAGAAGUUCAACCUAGAUCCACUGAUCACCCACACCCUGGCUCUUGACAAGGUCAAUGAAGCAGUUCAGCUAAUGAAAAAUGGACAAUGCAUCCGCUGCAUCCUGCUACCUUAGUUACAAGAUCUGCAGCACUUCCACCACCUGGAUUCUGUAUAUCAUCGUGAUUUAGAAGAACCGGCCACACAACACUCUUCUAUUUCUUGCCUUGACUCAUUCAGCAACAACGUUGUAUCAGGCUCUCUCACCUGAUCACACCAUCAAAAUUGUUCUCAGGUGAUCCCCGGCCAUGCCAGUGCCAUGCAGGACCAGCCUCCCUUUCACAGCUACACUAAGGUUGAUAAAAACCACCCAACAGCACAUUCUGCAGAUGAAGGCACACCAAGAUGCUCCACGGGCACAGCUGUCUCUGCCUCUGGACCCAUAUUUCUUCAGCCACUGGAUCUUUCCCAAACUGUAUGCAUCUACACGUGAAGCUCGGCAUAUUGUCCACGAGAAUUAGAACUCCCCCCCCCCCGGAGAAGCUACUGGAACUGAUAAACAACCGAGCAAACUUUCGGGUCACAAAACCAACACACAAGACUCAAUAGUGUGUUUAUAUGGCAAUAGCAAGUUAUCAGAUAUGGAAAUCCAGGAAGCAAUCUCACAAUGACUGUGAGAUUGGUCCCUCAGAUAAUAACUAGGAACAAAUUUAUCCCAAGGUAAAAGAUAUCCACAAUUAAAACUAUAAAACAUUGCAGGGUA